UGAACCGAAGCCACGAUGAGGAGUCUGGCUCUGCUGUUGGGAGUGAAAGCCGCCUGCAUCCUCCUCGUGUCUUCGCUUUCCCGCACAGGGGCCGUGAACAACAGUGGCCGGUGGUGGGGAAUAGUCAAUGUGGCUUCCUCAUCCAACCUCCUCACCAACUCCAAGAGUGUGCAGUUGGUCCUGGAUCCCAGCCUGGCCCUCCUGAGUCGUCGCCAGCGCCGGCUGAUUCGCCAGAAUCCUGGCAUUCUGCACGCCAUCGCUGCAGGGCUGCACACAGCCAUAAAGGAGUGCAAGUGGCAGUUCCGCAACCGCCGCUGGAACUGCCCAACCACCUACAGUCCAGCAAUUUUUGGCAAAAUUGUCAAUCGUGGUUGCAGAGAGACUGCGUUUGUGUUUGCCAUCACCAGCGCUGGAGUGACUCAUGCUGUGGCCCGAUCCUGCUCAGAAGGAGCUAUUGAGUCGUGUACAUGUGAUUAUCGGCGCAGAGGUCCUGGAGGCCCAGACUGGCACUGGGGGGGCUGCAGUGACAACGUGGACUUUGGCAAGAUGUUCAGCCGUGAGUUUGUGGACUCCAGUGAGAGGGGCAGAGAUCUGCGAUACCUCACCAACCUACACAACAAUGAGGCUGGAAGAAUGACCGUGUCCUCAGAGAUGCGUCAGGAGUGCAAGUGCCAUGGCAUGUCUGGCUCCUGCACAGUGCGGACCUGUUGGAUGCGCCUACCCAGUUUCCGCACGGUGGGAGAUUUCCUCAAGGAACGCUUUGAUGGCGCAUCCAGAGUCAUUUACGCCAACAAGGGCAGCAACCGUGCCUCUCACCGAGCCGAGCCCAGACAUCUGGAGCCAGAAAACCCAGCUCACAAACCCCCGUCUUCCAUGGACUUGGUCUACUUUGAGAAAUCGCCAAACUUUUGCUCUUACAAUGGCAAAAUUGGCACUUUGGGAACCUCUGGAAGAACAUGCAACAGCUCGUCUCCAGGCCUGGAUGGAUGCGAACUGCUGUGCUGCGGACGUGGAUUUAAGACUCAAACUGAGAGCGUGACUGAACGUUGCCACUGCACGUUCCACUGGUGCUGUCAUGUCAGCUGCCUGAACUGCACUAGCACACGAACGUUACAUCAGUGUCUAUGAUUGAAGGUGGAACAUUUGAGUUAAUAUUUGGGCAUGUAUUGGAGACAAAAAUAGAACUUUUUUUUUUUUUUAAAUCAAAGCAGGUUGUUGCUUUAGAGAACGUGAGGCUCUCAAGUUAAGGUGUUCGGAAGAGGUCAUGAAAGUUUAAAUCCAGCUAAAGUGACAAAAAGAAACUUUCUGGCACAAAGAUCCUACCUGCUUUUCAGAAAGACAAAGUAAAGCACACAUGUAUGAACAGGGUAUCAAAGGGACACAGGUGCUUACUUUUUAUCCAUUAUUUUUGGCAAAUAUUUGAACACAACAAAUAUUUAUGUUGAAGGGAAAUCCCCCACCAUGCUGAGAAUAGCAUAGAAAUAAAAGGAUUUAGUGAACAGAUUGCUGCAACCAUCCACUAAUGUCUAAGUGGGAAGCAGGGCAGUGUUUCACAGAUGUUUCUGAAGCCACAGAGCAGAGAGCUACAAAUAUGUUCUCCUAUUACCAGGCAAGGAACACUCUCGACUCGGCUUGUUUACGCAGAGCUUGGGUGCUCCCAACCACUUCUAAUUUCCUUCGCUUCUUUAGAUUUCUCUGUUUCUUAAAUCCCUGAAAACAGAUUUGCCACUUGAAUUCUUGACCAGAAAAAUGCUGGUAAAUUCACAGUGAGUCACCAGACAACCACAUUAUUUGAAUGUAUUAUGAAUACACUGAAUAUUGUGUUAAGUUUUGCAUCAGUAUUGAGGAAUGAUAAAGUUGG